GGCAAAGCUAAUCCCCUGUCCCGGUGAAAAUGACGAAAUCGCGAUUAUUAUGGGACGAGAUCAAUUUGAAUUGAAUUUUCGAUCCAACCUAAUUCCGACCACCACCGCCGAAAACGAGAGCAUCUCGCCAGCAAUUGACCGCAACCUAGGGCACAUAAACUGGGAUAUGACCCUCUAUAUCAAAUAUACAUCCUGAUUUAAAAACACAAUGACCUCCCUCGCGUCCAACCCUAAGGUUCAACUGGCCGCCACAGCCGUUGCGUCCGCGGCCGUCGCCGCCGCCGUCGUCCUCAGCUACCAGCGCCUGCAACAAGGCGACCGCGUCUCCCGCCUGAAGCAGUCUAUCCCACAGUCCCAGUCCAGCGAGAUAGAACUUGCCCUCCAAUCGGUAACACGCGUUGGGCCCCUCCCGAGACCCGACAAAGAAGACGAGCACAACCAGGCGCUGGCCCACCGCGCCCAGAACGGCGACUUCGACGACGAGCUGAUCCUCGAGCAGCUUGCGCGCAACCGCGUCUUCCUGGGCGACGACGGCUUGGGCCGGCUGCGCGCCGCCUUCGUCGUCGUCGUCGGCUGCGGCGGCGUCGGCUCGCACGCCUGCACCGCCCUCGCCCGCUCCGGCGUCCAGCGGCUCCGGCUCAUCGACUUCGACCAGGUCACCCUCAGCAGCCUCAACCGCCACGCCGUCGCCACCCUGGCCGACGUCGGCCUGCCCAAGGUCCAGUGCCUGCAGCGCCGCCUGGUCGCCAUCGCCCCCUGGGUCCGCUUCGACCUCCGGCUGCAAAAGUUCGACAAGACCGUGGCCGCCUCCCUGCUGGAAGGGUGGGAGGGCGACCCGGGCCGGAGGCCCGACUUUGUCAUCGACGCCAUCGACAACAUCGACAGCAAGGUCGAGCUGCUCAAGUUCUGCCACGACGAGGGCCUGCCCGUCAUCUCGGCCAUGGGCGCCGGCACCAAGAGCGACCCGACCAGGGUCAUGGUCGGCGACAUCGGCGCCAGCUUCGAGGACGGCCUGUCGAGGGCGACGAGGAGGCGGCUGAAGCUGCUCGGCGUGACCAGCGGCAUCCCCGUCGUCUACUCGACCGAGAAGAUGGGCGAGGGCAAGGCGGCCUUGCUGCCGCUUCCCGAAGAAGAGUUCCAAAAGGGAUCGGUGGGCGACCUCAGCGUGCUGCCCGAUUUCCGCGUGCGCAUCCUGCCGGUAUUGGGUACCAUGCCGGCUGUGUUUGGAUAUGUCGCAGCGAACCACGUUAUCACUAAGAUCUCUGGCUACCCGAUGGACUAUCAACCCGCCAAGGCCCGUGAUAAGAUGUACGAGGCCAUCCUGGCGUACGUGCAGGCCACCGAGGAGAAAAUUGUCCGCAUGUUUGAAGGAGGCCGGGCGGACAUUUGCAUUGGUCUCAAGAUUCCCAUCACACCGGGCGACAUCUGCUUCCUGAUCGAAGAAGCUUUCCGGGGCAGGAGCGCGGUCACUGGCAUCCCGACAAAGCUCAUGCUGAUCCGGUGGAAGAAGCCCCAGCAAUCCCCGCUGGUUCGGAUUGGAGAGGGCAGCGAAGAACAAAAGUCCUCCAACCUCAGGCUCCGUGAUCUGGUUUGCAUGACAAAGGAGGAAGCCGUGAGGCACCUGAAGGAGGUGCUUCUUGGGGACAAGAGCCUCGAGGACGUGUACAGCCGGGAGGUCAUUGAGCUGGUUGAGGCCCGCCAAAAGGAGGCCGAGGCCUAUGAGCGCUAUAGAUGAGUGUGGAAUGGUUGCGGUCGUAAUGACGAUGAGAGCCGCGCCAUCUCGAGGUCUUUGUCAUGUGAACA